AUGGCCACAUCAUCAUCACCACAGGACCCAUGGAGCUUUCUCACUCUCGAUCGGCUCAUCGUCAAACCACCCAUCACCACCAACUCCGUCAAGAACUUUUCUUCUGAAACCAUCCGCUCAGACGCAGAAGGGACUCACAUAGUCGUCCACCCACGUUUCCCAGAACUAGCCGAAAGGUUCCUCACGCACAAACGCCAAUAUGGCUCCACUUACGAGAAGACCCUUUAUAACAGCAAGGACUUCACCUGGCAGAGUCUCGUCGCGCGCCUCAUCGUAAAGCGCCCACUGGUCUUCAUGGGUGCGAACGACCACACCAUCCUCCGCGAUGGUACGAACGUAGGCCGCGAUCCCAACAGCUCAAGUCCAAAUCUGGAAUGGAAUCGCAACGGGUCGAAGAUGCAGGAUCGCAAUUCGUGCAUUCAACUGGGCGAGUACUUAUCCUAUGAUGAGAUCAUGCUGGGCUCACUCAUGGGCGUCAGUGGGCCGAGCCACUUCAUCAACGACGGAGGCAGGUACAAUAGUGGGAGGCCUGGGGGGAAAGGCACGUUUGAGGAGCGGGGCGUCAUCAUUGGACUAGUGGGUGCAAGAUUCGAGAGGCUCGAUCGUAUGGACUCGAUCUUCUGCCUGCCGGACAAAGACAAUAACCACAAGAUGAGCCCUGGUCUGCAGGCGGUAUUUCAAGAGUUCUUCGGCGUGCCGCGAAAACCCAACGCGAAGUUCGACACAGAGACGUACGUCGCGCGCAUCAGGAUCACCGCGGACAUGCUCCUUCUCGAAGCCAACGACCGUGCAAUGGCCGCGGGCAAGACGUCCUACGUCUACGUCGUCGGGCUCGGCCUGGGCGUCUGGCAGCAUGCGCAGAACCAAGCGACACACUACCUUGCCGCCUUCACAGCUUCCCUUCGUGAACUAAGCAUCGCGAAUGUCAGCACCGUGGAAUUCGCAUACAUUCCCGCGACGCCCACGCAGCAGCAACGCCUUCAGGCCCUAGGUGAGGAGAAGGGCAUUCGUGUACUCUUCAGCAAGCGCAAUCCGGCGGAGAAGCUGGAUACGGAUGAGCUGCUCGUGUUGAGCUACGCUUGGGAUGGGAAUGCGUUUCCGGGGAAUGAGUACUGGCAGGGCAGUUUGGCGGGAUCGGGAGAUCCCGCGGCGGCGUGCAUGAGCACGAUUGGGGAGCUGCAUAAUCCGCUUGUUAAUGAGCCGUUCACGCGUAGGAUCAAGAUCGCAGGGAGUGGUAAGCAGUAUGCGUGA